CCCCGAGUUGGCAGCACUGCACCACAUAUUUUGUUUUCGCGCUAUUUUCAGCAAUUUGCAGAAAUGUCGCUUAAACAGGCUCUCGACGACUGCAUGAUCGACUUCGAUCGCUGUGUGCUGGUCACCGACCUCCUGGAGGAGUACAAGCUGUCCUACAAGGAGGUGAACGAUGUGCUGGAAGCCUACAUCAAAAGCCAGGAGCCCGCCACAAAGUUCGAGAAGAGGUUUUUGGUGCAUGGCAAGAAGAAACCCCAAGGAUCCGCUGCCGGCGAGGAUCUGUACUCCGUGGUGCUCGAGAGCAAGCUGAAGGACUGGAUGGCCAAGGUCCAGGAUGCAGAAUCGCAGCUCUAUAGUGUCAAAAUCGCCGGGGGCACCAAAUCGCCGGCUGCGACUUUCAAGCCCAUGCAGCAUUUGGAGGUCAAGCUGGCCAAGAUUGAGCAGCGUCCUGGAGUAGGUAAGCCGGUUCCCACUGCAAACGGUGGCCCAGCAACCAAUGGAGUUAAAAGUGAGCCCGCCAAGACGCAGGGCAUUAAGUCAGAGGCUUCCAAGCCAUCUGUUAAGGUGGAGCCAUCCAAAUCCUCCAUAAAAACAGAGACAGAUGCAGAUAAACUACCAGUUGGCAAGGGAAAACCCUCGCCGGAGAGCAAGAAGACCUCACCCAAAGAUCAGGCUUCCAAAGCCAAACCAGCAGCAGCCAAAAAGGGCAGCAUCAACAGUUUCCUUACAGCGGCGGGUAGCAAACCCAAGGAGGUCAAGGCCACGCCCAGCAAAACAGCUGGCGGCACCAUGGCUAACUUCUUAAAGAAGCAGCCACCAGGAGCCCAGAAGUCGCCAACAGAAAAAGCAGAAGAAACCAAGAAAGCUGCACCGGCUGCAGCAAAAAAGGAAGCCGCGAAGAAGUCUCCCAGUCCCAUAAAAAAUGCAAACACCUCUGUGCAACUCUUCGACGAGGAGAGCGCCGAAUCCUCCGACGAGGAGGAGAAGCUGGACAAGCUGCGACGCAAUGUGAUUGGCUCAGACAACGAAUCCGAUGUGGAGAAGCCCUCGACCUCCAAGCGGCGACGCAUCAGCGACUCCGAGGACGAAGAGCAGCCGCCCAAGAAGGCCGCCGAGCAGGAAGUAAUCGCAGUGGAUGAGGAAAUGGACACGGAGCCGGCCAACGAAACGUAUCUGGACGAGGAUGGCUUCGUCAUCACGCAGAGAAAGCCGGUCAAGGCGCAACCCGCCAAGAAAAAGGUUUCCCCCAAGGCCGCAGCCCCUGCCAGCAAAAAGAGGUCGCCGGCUUCAGCUGGCAAGGCUGGAAAGGAUGCGCCCAAAACCAAGCAAGCCGGCAUCAUGAGCUUUUUAACUAAGAAGUAGUCAAAUGCAUGGAAGAGUUUGUUCUAAAGAUUAAGCAUUAAGAAAGGAACUUUUUUGUUCUUAAUACAUUUAUUUAUGCCAAUGAAAAUGUUGACUGUUCUAGAAACAGAAAAGAAAAAAGAACAUAAACAAGUAUAAAAUAAAAGGUCGAGGAGUCAUAGUACUGAAAAUUUAUACAUCCUUCACUUUUUUAAAAGAUCAUCAACAUAAUUUCUUUAAAAGUUUGUUAAAAUACUUACUUCAAAAUGUUUUUGUUGACCUCCAAGAAACUUUAUUUUUUGCUGUUUAAAAGCAGAUGUAAUCCUAAAAAAUCUCUUAUACCUAAUAACCAUUAAAGACACAAGUCGGUUUGUUGUUAAAAAGAA